CAAUAGACAUUUUAGUUUGUUCACUGUCCGAUGGUCUUAGUCGGACUUGGUCUGACGAAGGAUUCCGUGACGGUCACCGUGGACGCGGUGGUCUACUAUCGCAUCAGUGAUCCCCUUUACGCGGUCAUCCAGGUCGAGGACUACAGCAUGUCCACCCGCCUCCUGGCGGCCACCACGCUCCGAAACAUCGUCGGCACUCGCAACCUGUCCGAGCUGCUAACCGAGCGCGAAACCCUGGCCCACAACAUGCAGGCCACCUUGGACGAGGCCACCGAGCCCUGGGGCGUCAUGGUGGAGCGCGUUGAGAUCAAGGACGUCUCCCUGCCCGUUUCCAUGCAGCGCGCCAUGGCCGCCGAGGCGGAGGCCGCUCGUGAUGCUCGUGCCAAGGUGAUUGCCGCCGAGGGUGAGAAAAAGUCCGCCACAGCGCUCAAGGAGGCCUCCGACGUCAUCUCCGCCAGUCCAUCGGCCUUGCAGCUGCGCUACUUGCAAACCCUGAGCAGCAUCUCCGCCGAGAAGAACUCCACCAUCAUCUUCCCCCUGCCCAUGGAGCUGCUGACUCCGUACCUGGCCAAGUACGCCCACUUGAUGGGACCGCCACCAGAACUUAAGCAAUCGCCGGAGAAGUCCGAUAACUUAGUUUUAGACGCACAUGCCGCUUGGCCAAAGACCAACCUAUGAUUUGAAUCUAAAGCGCUGCCAGAGUUUGAAAAUAUUAAUGUUCUAUUUUUUUUAAUAAACGUAAUCCACACGAGUUGGCAGCACCUGCUAUAGGAAACUUGUCAUUUCGGCUGUCAUUUUACAUUUUA